AUGGAACAUCUUCUAUCGUGGCAUAGACCACAAGUACAAGCUUUCAUUGGAUACACUGCAAGCAAUGGAAACUUCAUGACCAAGACUGUUGAUGAAGCUAAGGUUCUUAUUGAGAAUCUUGCAGCUAGUGAUUGUAACAACUGUCCUGAUUAUGACCGCUCAAGCCGCACCACUACUAGCUCCCCUGAUUCUUUUCAAAUGACUGAACUCAAGAACAUGAUGGCUCAAGUUCUUAAGGGACAGCUCAAGCAUAUCAAUGCAAUAGAAGGGAUGAGUGAUGCUAAUGAAGAUUCAUCAAGAGAAUGUAUGGGAGACUUCUCUAAUGAAGCCAAUGAAGAAGAUGUGAACUACAUUGGAAACUAUGGGAACAAGGGAUACAAUCCAAGCUAUCGCCCAAACCCCAACAUGUCUUAUAGAAACCCCAAUGUGGAGAAUCCUCAAGACCAAGUGUAUCCUCCAAGGUAUCCACAACAACAAAGACCUCCUUACCAAUCUCAAGGAAGUCAAUUUCAGCCAAGGCAAGGAUAUGAGCAGAGAUCAUCAUAUCCGCCCAAGGAGCCAUAUGCUUCUUCACCAAAUCAAGCUCCUCCAAACCAACAAGGUGGAAGUUUGAAGGAAUCCUCCAACAGAUCAUGGAUGGCCAGAAGAGAAACACUAAAGAGAUGUAUGAGAAGAUGGACACUUUGUUCAGCAAUCUCAACACCAAGUAUGAUGCUGUUGCCACUCAUGUGA